AUGGUUUGGUUCCUUAGUCACAAAGGGACAAUGUUAUUCCUGUACACCCUGGGUCUUAUCGCUGCCCUCAGCCUCGUGGCAGCUCAGGGCUCCUUCCCCAGGCUGGAGAAUAUCGCAGCCUAUAAAUCCGUUAGUGUGGCACCAAGUGACGCAACAUGCGGCAUUCCAGAGCGCAGCACCUUCUGCCAGGUCGCCCGCACUCAGGAUGACCUCCUCACCUGCGCCCAGCACUUCUGCGUCCAGGAGUGCCCGUAUCGCUCAUUCACACCGCACCAUACCAACCUACUUGACUGGCAUAUGGACACAUGCCUGACAGGUGAGAGCCAGGAUUUGCGCCCGGGCUCAGGGACCGGAUCUGUUAGCUUCGUGUUUCGAAACCAGAGUGCCUGCUUGGCUUCUCACUCGGCUCCAAACCUGGGACAAGCAGGAUCAUUUACCGUAACAGUUUGGCUGAAACUUGAAGAAGCCUCUGUAAUGACUGUGUUUGAGAAGAGGAGCAUGGACCGGCUGGUGUUUCGACUGACUGUUUCAGAAAUGGAUGUCCAGUUCCACUACAGCGUUCAGAGUGGCCAAAACUUCUCCAUCACCAUAAGCACUGCAGGCCGCAUCAGAAAAAAACAGUGGACACACAUGGCCUUACAGGUACAUAAAACAAGUAUGAGCUUGUUCCUGAAUGGACAAGAAGAAGAUGGUACGGCCUUUGACACAAAAACCCUGAUCGGCCCAGUCGCUGAUGUCACCUCAGAUGCUGAGGCUUGGAUUGGCCAGACCUCCAAAGGGUCCAAUCAAUUCAUCGGGAGAAUGCAGGAUUUCAGAUUUUAUCCCCAGACUUUGACUAACAGGGAGGUUGAGGAGGUGUAUUCUGCGAGAAUCCCUCCCCUCCAUGCCCAGACAUCGUGCCGCUGCCCCUCCAGCCACCCAAGAGUGCACCCUGUCGUGGAAAGGUACUGCAUCCCAAACGGUGCUGAUGACACCACCAACAACCGCAUGCUCCGCCUCCACCCGCACGCUCACCCGCUGAACUACAUCAACGAUAACGACAUGGGCACAACCUGGGUCUCCUCUGUGUUCUCCAACCUGGACAAACUGGAGCAAGGGCUUUCCAUCACCAUAGACCUGGAGAGCGGGCAGUACCAGGUUUUCUACGUGAUUCUCCAGUUCCACAGUCUGCAGCCUGAAGCCGUUCGUAUUCAAAGGAAGACCAGCAGCACCUCCGCAUGGACAGACUGGCAGUACUUUGCCAAGAACUGCAGCUUGUUUGGGAUGGAGGAUAACGGGCCGUUGGUGAGCCCAGACUCGGUCAACUGCCUUCAGUUCCCCAGCGAUAUCCCGUACACUAACGGCAACAUCACAUUCAGCAUGCUCACCCCAGAGCCGAACCUCCGACCAGGCUACAACAACUUCUACAACAGCGCCACCUUGCAGAAGUUUGUAACAGCCACCCAUGUGCGCAUCCACCUGCAGGGCCAGUACCACACCCGCGCCCCUGACGUGGCCUUUCGCCACCGCUACUACGCUGUGGACGAGAUCACCAUCAGUGGCAGGUGCGAGUGCCACGGCCAUGCGACCAGCUGCGACACCAGUACGAAACCAUACCGCUGUGCCUGCCUCCCCGAGAGCCACACACAUGGAGAUAACUGUGAACGAUGCGGACCGCUGUUCAACGACAAGCCGUUCCGAGCAGGGACUCAGGUGCAGGCGUAUAACUGCCGACCCUGCCAGUGUCACGGACACGCAGCGUCCUGCCACUACGAUGCCAAUGUGGACCCUCACCCUCAGGAGCACUUCCGUGGUGGAGGAGGAGUGUGUGAUAACUGCACUCAUAACACUACAGGGAGGAGCUGUGAGCGGUGCCGGAGGUUGUUCUACAGAGACGUUGGCGCGUCGCUGUGGGCCCAGGAUGUGUGUAAACCCUGUGAAUGUAAUAGCAGUGGAACAGUCGGUGGCAGUCUGGAGUGUGACCAGAUGGGAGGCCAGUGUAAGUGCAAGCGACGCGUGUCUGGUCGACAGUGCAAUCAGUGCCAGCAAGGUUUCUAUAAGCUGCAGGCGUCACUGGCCGACGGCUGCCUCAACUGUAACUGCAAUGCCGCUGGGACUCUGUGGCCACAUAUUACCUGUCACCAGGACUCAGGGCAAUGCCAGUGCAAGACCAAUGUAAUCGGCCUUACCUGUGACCGCUGUAACUACGGCUUCAAGUUUCUUAACCACACAAAUCCAGAUGGUUGUGAGGUGUGUGGCUGUAAUCUGUAUGGAUCUCUGCACCAGUUUUGUAACCCUUUCUCUGGCCAGUGUGAAUGCAAGAAUGGUAUCCAGGGCCUCCUCUGUGACACUUGCCUUCCUGGCACCUACGGCCCGAUGAAAAAUGGCGUCUGCACAUCCUGUAACUGCAGCACUGCUGGUAUCAUCUCGGGCUCAGUGUGUCACCCAGUAACAGGUCAGUGUGUGUGCCGGCCGCAUGCGGAGGGCCGUCGGUGUGACUUGUGCCAUCAUGGCUGGUACACACCAGGCCUUGACGAAUCUCAGGGCUGCCAGCCAUGUCACUGUGAUCCCAGGGGCACUGUGGAGGGAUCAAUUUUGUGUGAUAAGGAAACCGGGCAGUGCCAGUGCAAGAAGGGCGUCAAAGGUCUUCGGUGUAACCAUUGCUCUGUACAUAUGUAUAACCUGAACGCGGGGAAUGACACACAUGCAUGUCAGCCAUGCAACUGCGACCUCGUGGGUACCGUCGCUGGAACAGUGUGCGAUUCUGACAGUGGGCAGUGUGUGUGUGUACCCACCCAUCGUGCACAGGACUGCAGCGCAUGUAAGCCAGGCUACUUCCAUUCAGACAAGCAUCAUGGUCUGUGUGAGGCCUGCGACUGUCACCCAGUGGGAGCAGUUGGACAAGUGUGUGCUGCAGAUACGGGGCAAUGUGUGUGUACUGAUUCAUCACUAGCUGGCCGAAAGUGUGACCAAUGCCAGGACCUUUACUUUGGUUUUAACCCCAUCAUGGGCAGGUGUGAGCAGUGUGGCUGUGAUCCAGCAGGGAGUUUCAGCGGCUCCUGCCAUGCUGAGACAGGCCGGUGCCUGUGCAAGCUGUUUGUGACGGGCGAGAAAUGUGAACUGUGUGUCGAAGGAGCGAGUCACAUGGACCCGGCCAACCACUUGGGCUGCAGUAAAGAGCCCAGACAGCAGCCUCCUCCGAUGGGCACCGCACUCAAUGCCAGCACUGUGGAGCUGACCUGGAACACCCCAGAUUCCCCCAACAGCAACGCCCUCACCUACACACUUCUCCGGAACCUGGAGCCAAUCCAUACCAGCUACAGCCAGCUUCCGUUCGGAAUGAUGCACUUCACAGACAGUGGCCUGUCUCCAUACACUCUCUACACCUACCAGCUCAUCACCAGCAAUGUCCACGGCAACACCAGCAGCUCCACUGUCUCUCUGCGCACUCUGUCCUCUGUCCCUGAUCCCAGUGAACUGCAGCUGGCCAUUGUGGGUCGGAUUAACCCCACCAGCAUUUCAUUCAACUGGACCAAGCCUCCGAAGACCUCAGGCCCUGUGGAGCACUACACCCUGAGUUCAGUGGAAGAACAGAGUGGAGAGGAGAGCCUUCAUUACCAUGGCCUGGGGUCAAAGGUCACAGUUGAUGCGCUGCACCCGUUCACCCACUACACCUUCAGCCUCCAGGCCUGCACCAAUGGAGGCUGUUCUCGCUCUGCCAAUGUCGCUGCGGUCACAGCACAGGCUUCACCGCAGCAGCAGCUAGCACCACGUGUGACCACACUGUCUCCAUCACAGCUGCAAGUCGACUGGGAGCCACCCGCCAUGCCAAACGGUAUAAUUAUCAGGUAUGAGCUCUUUAUGCAAGAGCUGAAUGAGUCGUUUGGAAACGUGACCAGUCCCAGGACAGAACACAGGAUUUUCCUCAGCACUGGUUGGCUGGACCUGCAGAAGCCUUCAGACUCAGCCAAUGAGAACGUUCUGACUCCACCCGAGAGCACUGUGGUGGUGUCUGAUCUGGAGCCCUUCACUGCAUAUCGCUUCAGAGUGCUCAGUGUCAACAUGGCCGGCAGCACCACGUCAGAGUGGAGCACAGGCCGUACUGCAGAGGGAGUGCCCGAGUACAUGAAGCCUCCCCAGGUGUCUCCGGUGUCCUCGUCUUCACUCCGAGUGAGCUGGGAGACACCACGGGAGCAGGAUGUCAGGGGGACAGUGACCUCAUACCAAGUCAGACUUUACCAAGAGCAGACCUCCAACCCAUACACCCCUCCUAUAGUGACACAGCUGUUGUACAACGCCUCAGCAGACGAGCGGAGCUACACUGUGACCGGCCUGAAGAGCUACGAGGAGUACAGCUUCACUGUGACAGUGUGUAACACACAAGGGUGUGUGAGUAGUCUUCCUGCUUCAGGACGCACUAAACCUUCAGCACCAGCAGGGCUGAAGGCCCCCCGGCUAAAGCCGUUAAACAUGACCGCGAUGGAGAUCGUGUGGGCUGCUCCAGCCGAGCUGAACGGUCCUCCACCUGUCUACCACGUCGAAAGAACCGACGUAUCAUUCUCCGAUGCAGAAGGCCAGGUCAUCAGAGGCAGACGCUUCACUGGAACUGAUUACAUCCAUUUUCCCAGCUCGACGCUACCCGUUAACACUGACUUCACAGGUGUUCAGCUGAGUUUCCGCACCAGGAUGGAAGAGGGACUAAUCCUGUGUGCUCUUUCCCCUGGAGAGCAAGAAGAAUUUGUGGCUCUGCAAAUGCGCAAUGGCCGACCCUACUUCCUCUUUGACCCUCAGGCCUCAGUGGUGGCCAUCAGUCCAGAAGAUGAUGGAGGGAGGAAGUAUAAUGACAACCAGUGGCACCAACUAAUCGCUACGAGGAAGCAAGCCGUGGGAUCUAUCACCGUGGAUGAUCAGUACCAUGGUUCAGGAUCAGCAACUAGUGGCAGCACCAUAAUUGGCCAAAACACAGGGAUCUUUUUUGGAGGCCUUCCAGAGAAUUUCACUAUUCAUCGACAAGACACUGGUGUGGCCAGUCUAGCACGUAAUGGUUUUGCAGGCUGUGUGAGGGAUGUGUUCAUCCAGAGGAGCAGCAGUCCUGAGGCCAUUUGGGAGCCGUUAGACUGGGAUUCGGCCCUGGAGGAACACGAGACGUAUAAGGACUGGGAGGGCUGUCCUGCCUAUUCUGAGCAUGGGGCCUACUUCCUCGGACACGGGUUCCUCAAACUGGAGCCGGAGGUGUUCACUGGUGGAGAUGAUUUCGAGAUAUCAUUCGAGUUCAAAACUGAUCAGUUGAAUUCACUGCUGCUUUUUGCAUACAAUAUUCAUGGCAAGGAUUAUAUUUUGGCAGAGCUACAGGGCGGGAUCCUCUCAUGGGUGUUGCGUUGGGGUGAUCAGAGAGCAGAGCUUGGCGUGUGGGUGGGCCUGUCCUAUUGUGAUGGAGGCUGGAACAGUGUCAGCAUGCUGAAACGUGGAGCGCUAAUCAAAGCCACUCUGAAUCAUGCGCUGGAGCAGCACAGGGGCGAGAGAGCUGGGAACCUCAAUAUCACCUCUCCACUUUAUGUAGGAGGCGUCCCAGCUGGACUUCAGCACCCAGCGCUGCACCAGUACAGCCUGCUGCAUGGAUUUGGUGGCUGCUUCAGGGACAUUCGAUUGGCUGCAAGUGGUCCUGUCUUAAACUUGGCCAUGGCAUCGUGUGCCGCUGUCAGAGUCAAUCUGGAUGGAUGCCUGUCAGCUGACACCAGCGUUAACUGCCGGGGAAACGACUCCAUCCUGGUGCACACAGGCAACGAGAUCAGAGCUCUGGAUCUGACUCUGCAGCCCUUCACUGAGUACUUGUACAGAGUGAUAGCAUCUGGAGAGGGAGGGUGGACAGCUGGACCGUGGCAGCGAGGACGCAGUCGAGAGACAGCUCCACAAAGUGUGCUGCCUCCCUCCAGAGUUGCCAGUGUAAAUGGCUCCAGCGCGGAGGUGAGCUGGGAGGAGCCGCCUGAGGUCAGAGGUGUAAUUGAGCACUAUGUGGUGAAGGCAUACAGCCGGGACAGUCCCUUAUCCCCCCCAAUCAGCGCCACCUUCAAUGCGCAAUGGCUGAUGGGAACAUUAAGCGGCCUGGCUCCUUUUAGCAGCUACAGUAUUACCCUAACAGCGUGCACUCAGGCCGGCUGUGGAGAAAGCCUGCGUGCCACCAGCCUCACCACUCCACAGGAGGCUCCUGAGGAAGUUCUUCCUCCUCAUGCAGUUCCACACCCAGAUUCUCUCUCUGUGUCCUGGGAUACUCCUAAACAACCCAAUGGCGUUAUCACACACUACACGCUCUACAAGGACCACACCAUCGCCUACCAAGGCAACGACACGGCCAUCAACAUCACCGGUCUCGGUGUGUACACUCCACACACUCUUCUCCUGAGUGCCUGUACUGAAGCAGGCUGUACUAACAGCUCGGUGGUCACACUUUCCACUGGUCAGCUCCCACCAUCACACAUGGAGCCGCCUGUGCUUACUGUCCUGGAUGCUCACACCAUAAACAUCCGGUGGUCGUCCCCACUGGAGGUGAACGGGGAGUUGCAGUCUUACACCCUGUAUCAGGCUUUUCCUACAGAGGAACCAAUUGUGGUGUACAACAGCUCUCAGCUCUUUGAGGACUACACACUGAGAAACCUUGUCCCUGGGAGUACCUACCUUUUCCAAAUUGCUGCAUGCACAGCAGGUGGCUGCACCCUCAGUGCCCCCAGCACAGCCCAGACGGAUGAGAGUUCUCCAGAAGAAGUGCCGGCUCCGAGCAUCGCCUACGUUUCUCCACAUGCACUUAACCUGACCUGGGGACCACCACUAAAGCCCAACGGUGUGAUCAGCAGCUAUGGCGUGUGGAUGGACGGCGUCCUGAUGCAGAACUCCUCGUUGAUGAGCUUCAGGAUGGUCGGCCUUUCUCCGUGGAGUUUGCACCGGUUCCGUGUUCAGGCGUGCACCGCUCAGGGCUGCGCUCUCGGCCCUUUGACGGAGGUACGGACUUCAGAAAUGCCUCCAGUUGGCAAUAUGCCCCUGGAAAUCCUCCCCCAGAGCCCAAAAUCAGUGUGGGUAAAGUGGGAAGAGCCAGCCAAACCCAACGGCAACCUCAGUUACACAGUGCUUUUUACGGGAACCUUCUACCAGCCAUCAGAGAACCCGAGUGAAACAGGAGAGCCGGUCAUUGAGACGCGAGCACUGCUCCGCGCGGUUACAGCAGGCCACUGGGUGUCUGUCGGAGGUUUGCUUCCCUUCUCCAACUACAGCGUAAGAGUGAGAGCGUGCAACUCUCAGGGCUGUGUGGAGAGCGCCUCCAGCAGGGUCUCACUCCCUCCCGCAGCUCCAGAUGGCCUUUUGCCCCCGAGGCUGGCAGCUGCCACCUCCACCUCUUUGCAGGUGGUGUGGCUCAGUCCCUCGUACCCCAAUGCUCCUGGGACGCUGCGCUAUCAGCUCCAGAUGAAGAACCCGGCCACCCAACACGUCCUGCAACUGGUGGAUAAUGAAACAGAAACAGUGUUCACUCACUUGGUGGAAGAUUUGGAACCAUACACAGAGUACCAGUUCAGACUGCUGGUGUCGAACCGCUACGGGGAAGCGAGCAGCUCCUGGGUGUCUUUCCGUACUGCCCAAGACCGCCCUGAAUCAGUAGACCCACCAGUGCUGUAUGAGAUCCACCCUAGAAAUGCCACCAUUACCUGGUCUCCUCCCUCACGUCCUAAUGGCAAACUUACCCACUACAACAUCUACCAGAAUAGCCAACUCAUCGCCACUGUGCUUGCCAACACGACCAGCCUCACCCUCUCCAGCUUGGCACCCUACCAGCAGUAUUUCAUCCAGGUGGAGGCGUGCACUGAGAUGGGCUGCACCCUCUCGACUAAUUCACACACACUCCACACACUUGCAGCCCCUCCAGAGGGUGUGACCAGCCCUCAGCUCUACUCAGACACGCCCACCUCUGUGCUGGUGACCUGGGCUCCACCUCUGCAUCCCAAUGGGCCAUUGGAGGGCUACACAUUGGAACGAAGGCUUGUUAAUGGCAGUCAGAAGAUUUCCACAGUGGCCAGCAUGAUGUCUAACCAGACUCUUACUUAUCUGGACAGCUCAGUGUCUCUCAGUCCCUGGAGCACUUAUGAAUAUCGGGUCAUUGCCACAAGCAGGAAAGGAGGCUCAAACAGCAGUCAGUGGGAAAAGGUCACAACUCGACCUUCACGUCCAGCAGGCAUACAGCCACCCAAAGUGCUGGUGCUCAGCCCACAGUCUGUCCAGGUCACAUGGUCAGGUCCACUGAUACCCAACGGAGAAAUUGAGCGUUAUGAGAUCCGGAUGCCAGAUCCACGCAUAUCCCACACUGACACUUCAACGCUUAACUGCACUGUCUCUGGCCUUGAGCCGUACACUAAUUACAGUGUGACCAUCCUUGCCUGUUCAGGGGGCGGUGGCUUUGUUGGAGGCUGCACAGAAAGCCUGCCUACUCCGGUCACUACAUUACCCAUGAUUCCGCAGGGGCUUCCGGCACUCUCGGUCGUUGCCAUGAGUGAAUCCUUCCUGGCUGUGUCAUGGCACCCACCCUCAAGACCAAACGGCCCCAACAUAUGGUACAAGCUGCUGAGACGGAAAACGCAGCAGCCCCUGGCCUCCCGUCCCCCUGAAGAUUUCAAUCGCUGGUACCAUGUUUACGCAGGAGACAAAUUGUUCCACGAAGAUAAAGGCCUUAGCAGAUACACGUGGUAUGAAUACCAGCUGUUGGUGUACAAUGACGUGGGCUAUGCUUCAGGAGAGAUGGCCUCAGGAGUUACUCUGGCUGGUCCACCACUCCAUGCUGCGAAUGCGUUGGCUCACACCAUCAACCACACCUCCAUUCUGCUUAACUGGACCACACCCACUCUGCAGGACCUGCAGGGAAAUGUGGAGCUCUAUUUUCUCACAGUCAGGUCCACCCAGGAAAACCAAACACUCACGCUUGACCCCUCUGUGACCUCAGUGCUGAUCACUGACCUCCAGCCCAACACUGAGUACACACUCUCUCUGACCGUGUCUAAUGGAGCUCACAACAUCAGCAGUCCAGAGGUCACAUGUACUACUGCAGAUGGCGCGCCUGAAGGAGCCUUUCCCCCAGAGGUCGUGACCCUUAACAGUACCUCUGUGCGGGUUCUCUGGGCAGCUCCUCUGGUUCCUAACGGAGCCAUCACGCACUACUCCAUUUAUCUGGAUGGCCAGCUGUACAUUUCCACUGACAACACAUCUGGAUCGGUGGAGCUGGGAGGCCUCCAGCCGUUCACUGUGUAUGAUGUUCAGGUGGAGGUAUGCACAGUGUAUGCAUGUGUGAAGGGCAACAGCACAAAGUUAACAACCGUGGAGGACACGCCAGCUGACAUCGCAGCACCGAAAAUCCGAGUGCUCAGCUCCAGAUCCAUCAGACUAGAGUGGACAUCACCUGGCCAGCCCAACGGCAUCCUGGGAGGUUAUGAUAUUCAUCGCAAGGCCCUUAAGCCUUGUGAAGAGCUCCAGACCAAGCAGGCCAUCCUUCCCCAGGCUCCGUGCUCAUACCUGCAGUGCCCCAUAAACCAGGACGUCUGUGGAAGUUCCUGUUACCAGCCAGAAGAGCAGGUGUGCUGUGAGACAACUGUACACAGCUUCAAAGAAUCACACCAGUGCUGUAAUGAGCGCUAUUUAACAGCUGGAAAUGACUCUGUGAGUGUCUGCUGUGGAGGGAAGCUACAUGGGCUUCGACCACAACACCAGUGCUGUGGAGAUUAUUACGUCCCCGUCCGUCCAGGUGAGGUCUGCUGUUCGGAUCCUGCUCACUUGCGAGUGUCGGUUGGUUUCGGUGAUUCAUGUUGUGGAUCGAUGCCCUUCUCCUCCACGGCCGGUCAGAUCUGCUGCAGUGGAUCGCUUCAUGACGGCUUCAGAUCGCAAUGCUGUGGAGGAAAGCUGGUUUCGAAAGAGGCGGUGUGCUGCGGAGACGUCCACAAAGGAACGGCACACACUCCUGUUCCAGGAAUGGUGUGCUGCGGAGAACAAUACAUCAACACAUCCACGACAUUAUGUUGCGCUGGCCCAGAUCAGGAGCCGAGAGCUCACGUGCUGGAGAACAGGACGGCAUCUCUGAAGUGCUGUUGGACUGAGCUGAUCGAGCAGGACAGGGAGUGCUGUAACGGUGUCGGGUUCGACCCUAAUGUGGCUGUGUGUGCAGAUCGAGCUCCACAUGACCUCAUCAUCAUGGAAAAGUGUCGUCCCAGUGUUCUUUGUCCUGUGUCUGCCGCCUCAAGAGCCUACUGCGGUGUGUGUGAUUUUAACCCAAACCAGUUCACGUGUACCCGGGUACCAGACACACCAUCAACCACGCAGGCUUCCUCUAAUGUACCUCAAGCACCACAGCCUUCUGAACCAACACACACUCGCCUCUGCCCAACAGCUGAGCAGGUCGUCUACAGCGGAGUGGCGAACAGAUACUACUUUACAGACACAAACCUGGAGCCCUACACUACCUACGAGUACAGAGUGUCUGUGUGGAACAGGCAUGGCCAUGGGUUUAGCCUGCCCUCAUGGGUCACUACUAAAGAGGACGUACCUCAUGGUGUCCUGCCCCCCCACUGGAAGCGAGUGGGCCUCCGAGACGACAUGGUCCUACUCAACUGGUCUUCACCGAUUAAGGCUAACGGCGAGAUCAGCCACUAUGUGGUUCUGCGAGACGGACGGGAGCGUUACCGUGGAACCGAGAGGAGUUUCACUGAUGCUGGAGGAAUUCGGCCUUUCCAUGAGUACACAUACGAGCUGAGAGUCUGCACUACAGCCGGCUGCGCAGAUUCCCCCAAAGUGGUGGCAGUGACUGUCCAGGGGGUACCAGAAGGGGUUGCUCCUCCAGCAGUGAGCGCUCUAGGGCCCAGAACUCUUCACAUCAGCUGGGAGGCCCCAUCGAAACCUAACGGUAUAGUGCGGGAGUAUCGGGUUAACCAAACUGGAGUGGGCCCCAUCCAUACACACACGCACGGAGACAUGGAGCACACAGUCCAAGGACUGCAGCCGUACACUUACUACAGUUUCGUGCUCGUUGCCUGUACGGUGGCCGGCUGCGGAGCAAGUAAGCCAUCUAUGGGCCGCACGCUGCAAGAUGCACCAGAAGGCGUCUGGGCCGUCCCGAGGCACGUUUUGGUGAACAGCACGGCCGUAGAGCUCUACUGGAGUCAGCCGUCCCGACCCAACGGCCGUCUCACACGCUACCGGCUUCUGCGUGAUGGGCAGAGUGUGUACACCAGCGGCCCACACCAGAGCAAGCACACAGACACCGACCUGCAGCCGAACACCAGAUACGUUUAUGAGUUGGAGGCCGGUACCGAUGCUGGAAGCAGCAUGAGCAGCCAGUACAUCAUCCAGACCCCCGUGUCAUCCCCGGAGAAAAUCCCUGCUCCGUAUAACGUCAGCGUCUUGGGCCCGCGCUCUGUCUUUGUCGCGUGGUCACUCCCAGGUGUGUAUAACACGAGCCUCCCCCUGGACUACAGUGUCUUGCUGAAUGCCGGGACGGAGCGACCCCUGUCCCGCUCGGCUGGGCCUCACCGGGUCCUGCUGCUUGAUGGACUGGACCCAUACACCACCUAUGAUAUAAGAGUUCAAGCCUGCCAAGCAGAGGGUUGUGGCGUAGGGGAAGGCGUCUCUGUCCAGACAUCUGAAGCAGUACCUAAGGCUCUGGAUCCCCCUGAGCUCCAUGCAGCAGGAGCAGCAGUCAUUGAGGUACACUGGAGUCCUCCACGCAAGCCCAAUGGAUUGAUCACUGCAUACUUCCUAUACAGACGGCUGAGAGGAACCCUGGAGGAACUCCUGGUCUUUAUCUGGUCUGAGGGUCCUCUGGAGUUUAUUGACGCCUCGGACUUCCUCAAGCCAUUCACUGAGUAUGAGUACAGAGUCACCGCCCACAACUCUCAGGGCUCCACCUCCAGCACCUGGAGCUCCGUCCUGACUCUCGAGGCAGAGCCAGAUGGUAUGGAUACGCCCACAGCAUGGCCCACUGGUGCUUACUCCAUCCUGCUGAACUGGACACAGCCCAGAAAUCCCAAUGGUCUCAUCACCAAGUACAAGGUGUUAUACAAGCAACAACCCAGAGAUCCCACACUCAACUCCAGCAGCAUCACAGCCCUCACAGUACAGGAAGAUGUGCAGCAGGCCCAUGUUUUUGGCUUUGAACCAUACACCACCUACAGCGUAUGUGUGGAGGCUGUGAACAGAGCAGGUAGUGUCUGCAGCCCUUGUGAUACAGUUCGUACUCUCCAAGCUUCUCCCAGUGGUCUGAGCAACUUCAGUGUAGAGAAGAAAGAGCAUGGACGUGCACUGUUGCUGCACUGGCCUGAACCUGCCUCGCCUAAUGGAGUCAUCAAGACUUACAACAUCUACAGUGAUGAUAACCUGGAGUUCAGUGGUCUUUCACGCCAGUUCCUGUUCCGCCGCUUGGAACCUUUCACCACAUACUCCUUGGUUCUAGAAGCUUGCACUGAAGCAGGUUGCACCAGGACUGUCCCGCAGCCUAUCACCACUGAAGAGGCCCCGCCCUCCUCCCAGCUGCCCCCUAGUGCCCAGUACAUUGGCACCAACAGUGUAGCGCUCCACUGGGUCCCACCUGGACAAGCCAACGGGAGAAUCCUUCAUUACCAAGUAGUCAAGAGUGAUAAGGAUGACACAGAACAAGCCACGGUUGUCUGUACAGAAAGAGACGUCCAGGCUCAGAGCUUCUCCUGCAAUGUCUCUGGACUGAAGCCAUGGAGAAGGUAUAAAUUCCAGGUGCGGGUUUCAAACAUGGCAGGGUCAACUGAUAGCCCAUGGAUGACUGUUCAAACGAGACAAGCUCCUCCGAGUGGACUGGCUCCCCCAACUGUCAGUCAUCUCGAGGGGCACCCUGAUAAGCUUUAUGUUAAUUGGACACCACCAUUCGAAGCCAAUGGUGUCCUUAUGAGUUACAGGGUUCAGAGAGAUGACACUGGCUUUCAUUUCAGCUUCGACUCGUCCAUGUUAAACUACACUGAUGAGGAUUUGACCGCUUAUACUAACUACAGCUAUGCGGUUAUCGCCUGCACAGUAGCCGGCUGCGUUACCAGCCAGUCGACUACAGUUAGAACACUGGAGGCUGCUCCAGCAGAAGUAGAGUCGCCCACCGUGUCCAGUAUUACAUCUCACUCCCUGAAUGCAUCAUGGACUGUACCAUCCAUCCAGAAUGGCGAGAUUGUGGAGUAUAUCCUCCAGAUCAACGGGGAGAAGGUUUACCAUGGGAAAAAGCUGAGUGUCCAGGUGUCUAAUUUACAGCCACAUACUCCAUACACUCUUAUCCUAAUAGCCUGCACUAAUGGAGGCUGUACAGCCAGUCUGCCCACCUUGACUCUAACCAAAGAAGCCCCACCUACUAGCAUGCCAGCCCCAAUUCUGAAGGUUACAGGCCCUGAGUCAGUGGAGGUGUCAUGGAAAGAACCUGAUCACCCCAAUGGGGUUAUCACAGGUUACGAACUCCGGCGUGACGGUCACCUCAUCUAUACCGGCAUGGAUACACGCUACCAUGACUUCAUGUUGCUGCCCAGCAUUGAGUACAGCUACACAGUCACAGCUAAUAACAGCCAGGGCACAGCCACGAGCCUCGCAGCAGUGGCUCACACGGAGCCUUCAGUUCCAUCAGGAGUCGCUCCUCCACAACUGCAGGCCCUUGGGCCUCUCAGUGUUCUGGUGCAGUGGGACCCCCCGGUGCGAGCAAACGGGGUCAUCAUCAGCUACUUGCUUUACACACGUGACCCAACCGAGCCCAACAUGAAGAGGGUGAUCUUUGCACCGCAUCACAGUGCCUUUCAGAGCCGCAGUUUCUCCCUCACUGCCCUGAAGCCCUACCACAGGUAUGAAGUGCGAGUGGAGGCCUGCACUUUGCUCGGAUGUGCUGCAAGCGACUGGUCCACGAUUCAGACUCAGGAAGUGCCCCCUGCUGGACAGAGUGCGCCCCUGCUGGAGCUGCAGACUGACUCGGAAGGCAUGCAGAACAUUUUCCUGCUCUCCUGGUCUCCUCCAGCCCAAGCAAAUGGCAAACUUCUGUACUACGAGCUCUAUCGGAGGCAGGGUGAAGAAACAGGAAGCCGACCUAUACUUCUUUACCGCAACAUCUCAACUUCCUAUCAUGAUCACAAGCUGCUGCCUUACACAGCCUAUGAGUACCAGGUGUGGGCCGUGAAUUCUGCAGGUCGGACAGGAAGCCCCUGGACUAUGGGUCGGACUGGGCCAGCUCCUCCCGAGGGUGUGAGCCCUCCCACAUUUUUGCACAUCCAUGCCACCUCUGCUGUAGUGGAUAUCAGUCCUCCUGCCAAGCCCAACGGCAUCGUCACCAUUUAUAGAGUGUUUGACCAGAAAAAGGACUCGCACCUCCUGUUGUCAGAGGGGACAUCACGGCAGCAGACAUUGCAUGAUCUUAUGCCCUUCACCACCUACUCUGUCAGGGUGGAGGCUUGUACCUGCUUCUUGUGUUGCAGUCGUGGCCCUGUGAGUGAGCUCCGCACUCAGGCCUCAGUUCCAUCCCAGCAACCUCCACCUCGACUCAUUACUGUCACCUCCCGAUCGGCUCUACUAGAGUGGGAUGAGCCCCUGCAGCCCAAUGGCGUCAUUGAGAGCUGUGAGCUGCUGGUGCGGACAGCUUGUCCCCAACCACAGCAACCAGUGCCGGUGCCUUGUUCUGUAGGCCCAGUGGACACCAGGUUCUUUGGGAAAGGGCUGAGUCUCAAUGUCACAGCCCUCCUCCCCUACACCACUUAUGAAGUCCGUGUGGUCUGUUAUAACAACAUGGGGAGCACAGCAUCUGUUUGGGUAUCCAUCACUACACUAAAAGAAGCCCCACAGUAUAAGGAGCCAUUUGUAGUGCAGAGCAACCUGACCAUGGUGUUCGUGGACUGGAGUGGGGCGUUCUCCCUCAAUGGACUUCUGAGGGAUUAUGCCCUGACCGAAAGUAACCUGCGCGUUUACAGUGGCUUCCACAGCUCCAUCUACAUUCCCCGGACCUCAGAUAAAACAUUUGCCUUUCAGGUAACCUGUACAACAGAUGGUGGCAGUGCCAUUUCACCUGUAAUCAAGUACAACACCGCUACUGGUGUAGAUGAUACAGAGCCCACGUCAGGUGGUAAGACUGGCUUGUAUGCAUCAGGACACAGGUUCUACACGGAGCUGUGGUUCAUCUUACUCAUGGCCUUCGUGGGUUUGCUGCUCGUGGCAGUGUUGUUGGGUCUGGUGCUGCGCCGAGCCCUCAAAAAGCCAUCGUUCGUCAGAGAGAGAGCACCGCUCCAGCCACUGCAGAGCAGAAACCCCAAAUACCCACCCGGUGACUCAUACCUGGGGCCCUGCUCUGAGCUUUGCUCUAACCAUGCCUCCACUGCUCUCCUUCAGUCUGAUGGAGGACUGGACCCGACUGAUACGAAGCUCGGCGUCAAAAAUCGUGGCUACCAGAGAACCGUAUCCAUGCUGCGUGCUCCCAGUCAGAGCCAGCUUAGCCACGCCUACUCCCAGAAUUCCCUGCACCGCAGCAUUAGUCAGCUGAUUGACACACAGGAUAAGAAAUCUCUGGCAGGUCUGACAUGGGACCCCAAGCACCAGGGCACCGAUGGUGGCAUGUAUGCUGGAGAUGACGAGUUUGCAGACUCCCUGAAGGGUUUCGGGUCAUCGAAGAAAGAGCAUCCAGCAUUUACAGACACACACCUGUAGAGCUUUCGCUCUCUCCACCGGUCAUUUUGAGACACACACACACAGUAGAUUUGGCCCUAUUAUCAGAAAAAAAGUGAAUUAUUCUGCUGCUGUUUAGCAGCUUGAACCUUUGCCACGCUGAACUUGGCUUCUACACUGUACGCACAGCUUCACCAUUUAUUCCUCAUGGAAUUUUUAUUCCUCAUACCACCCCUUUAAGAAUUAGAGACGCAUUAGAAAUACACCUUUAAUGUAUAAGGCACCUACCUCUUUCAGUAGCUCUGUGUGCAUCUGAAGACUUCUUGCUUCUCUUCUUGCUUCCUAAUGAGGAAACCGUAACUCGUAUUAUUUUAAAUGCAGCGUUUCUCUUAGCGUAAGAGGCUGAACCUCAGCAUGGUACUGAACAUACACCAGUAUAUAAAAGUAACACAGUGAACAAUUCCUGUCUUUAUGUCUUAAGUAGUUUUAACAAGUACAACUUUGUUCACAGACCUGAUAAAUCCAUCAGCGAGGAUCAGAAAAUACAAAACAUUCCUCCUCCAGCAGGGUCUACCGUCAAUCCUUCAGUUCAUAUCAGGAAAAGUUACAUCCCUAUUCAUCUGGAUUUAAACGUUAUCUUGGCCAAUUUGUCUUUAAGCCUGGAAGACAGCUCCAGAAUUAUGGAGAAUGGAAAAGAAAUCAUUUGAUUUGGAAUUAAAUUAUUUAAUAUGAUUUAAAGCUAGACUGCCUUUCAGAUUUUUCAAGUGUAGGUCAUGAAAAGAAUUUUCCCC